AUGUCCGCUCCGCCGUUGAAGGGGAUCAAGGUCAUCGAGCUAGCUGGCCUAGCUCCAGGCCCAUUCGCUGGUCUCCUAUUAGCCGACUAUGGCGCGUCCGUUCUACGCGUCGACCGCCCAAAAGCUGUCAGCACGGAUAAUCUGACCAGACAUAAGAGUUCAAUUACAAUUGACCUACAUGAGGCGAAAUCACGGAACGUUCUCAUCCGUUUGCUCACUGCAACUGACGUCCUGAUCGACCCAUUCCGCCCGGGUGUCCUCGAGCGCCUCGGUCUUUCACCGACGGAGGUCCUUCUCAAGCAUAACCCAAGGCUCAUCGUCGCCCGUAUGACGGGGUUCCGACGCGAUGGAAAAUACAAGGACAUGGCAGGUCACGACAUCAACUACAUUGCUGUUUCAGGCGUCUUGUCUAUGCUCGGACGAGCUGGAGACAAGCCUUAUGCGCCGGGUAACAUUCUCGGUGAUUUCGCUGGCGGUGGUGCCAUCUGUUUCUUAGGAAUUUUGAUGGCACUCAUCGCGCGCUCCAGCACCGGUCGUGGACAAGUCGUCGAAGCCAACAUGGUUGAUGGAUCAGCAUACCUAGCGACUUUCCCUCGAUUGGCGCAAAAAACUCCAGCAUGGAAUGGUCCCCGAGGAGAGAACCUCUUAGACAGUGGAUGUCCCUACUACGAUACCUACGAGACCAAGGAUAUAGGAAGAUACUUCGCCGUUGGAGCCCUGGAGCCACAGUUCUACGCGGCAUUGUUGCACGGAUUAGAACUUGAUCCACAAUCGAUACCGAAGCGUGAAGAUCGGGAGAAUUGGCCUGCCCUUCGCGACAUCUUUACCCGUCGUUUCAAGGAGAAGACUCGUGCCGAGUGGGAAGCAGUCUUUGACGGUACCGAUGCCUGUGCCACGCCUGUGCUUGAGAAUGUGGAGCUUGAGGCUUCGGGAUACGAGCAACGUCCAGUCGUUCACUUAUCCCGCACACCCGCUCUCCCCAUGAAAGCAGAUGAUGGUGCAUGGUCCGGUGGUGGGCUCAUGCCCGGCGCCGGCGGUGAGGAAACCCUUCGAGCAUGGAUGGGCUGGGAACCUAACAAGGACUUCCUGGUCCGGAAAGACGGAGCGUUAGUAUCCACACAGGGACGAGUGAAGCUGUGA